AUGUUUGGACGCAGCUGCCAGCGCCGGCUGAGAUGGGUACAGUCUGUCAACCGUCUUUCAACCGCCUAUCGACCGCUUAUCGACCGCCUAUCGACCGCCUAUCGACCGCCUAUCGACCGCCUAUCGACCGCCUAUCGCCCGCUUAUUGACCGCCUAUUGACCGCUUAUCGACCGCUUAUCGACCGCUUAUCGACCGCUUAUCGACCGCUUAUCGACUGCUUAUCGACCGCUUAUCGACUGCUUAUCGACCGCCUAUCGACCGCCUAUCGCCCGCCUAUCGCCCGCUUAUCGACCGCCUAUCGACCGCUUAUCGACCGCUUAUCGACCGCCUAUCGACCGCUUAUCGACUGCUUAUCGACCGCUUAUCGACUGCUUAUCGACCGCCUAUCGCCCGCCUAUCGAUUGCCUAUCGACCGCUUAACGACCGCCUAUCGACCGCUUAUCGACCGCUUAUCGACCGCCUAUCGACCGCUUAACGACCGCCUAUCGACCGCUUAA